AUGGCAGGAAUUUUGCACUCAGUGGUACUGAGGUCCCCAGGUAAACUACAGACUGUGACAAAAACUGUGUACUCUCUCGUUGGUACAAAUUGGUUUCGUCACAAAUUUACCAAAUCAAGAAUUCCAGACAAAGUGUUUCAGCCUAGUCCUGAAGAUCAUGAAAAAUAUGGUGGAGAUCCACAGCACCCUCAUAAACUGCAUGUUGUUACCAGAAUAAGAAGUAUAAAAGGGCGUCCAUACUGGGAAAAGGAUACAAUAAAGACGCUUGGACUAGAAAAAGCACAUACGCCUCAAGUUCAUAAGAAUAUUCCUUCAGUGAACGCAAAACUAAAAGUGGUUAAACACUUGAUGAGUAUCAAGCCCCUGAAGCUGCCACAAGGACUUCCCACAGAAGAAAACAUGCCCAACACAUGUCUCAAGAGCACCGGGGAGUUAUUUGUGCGGUGGCACCUGAAGCCUGUGGAGCGGGAAGGAAAGUCUGGUGCCAAAGCAGCUUCAGACGAAAAAAUGCUACUUACUUCUAUUUAA